GGCUCGGCACGUGGGGCUGGGGCUGGGAGCCGGGAGCGCGGGUGACCGUGGCUCGGUUUCCGUGUCCCGCGCGUGGGGCCUGCGUGUCAGCGUCACCCCUCUGGGGUCGAGCGGGGGCUCAGUCCGUGCGGCUCUCCGUGCGGGCCGAAUUCCGCCGCCGGGCGCCGGCGCGUGUGCAAGCGCAGCCCAUGGUCCCUCAGGGGGCGAGCCGGAGGGUCGCGGAGACGCGGCGCGGACGGUGACAGCAUGAACCUCCUACCCAAGAGCUCCCGGGAGUUCGGCUCCGCGGAGUACUGGGAGAAGUUCUUCCAGCUGCGGGGGAAGCGGGCUUUCGAGUGGUACGGAAGCUACCUGGAGCUGUGCGGGGUGCUGCACAAGUACAUGAAGCCCCGGGAGAAGGUGCUGGUGAUUGGGUGCGGUAACUCGGAGCUAAGUGAGCAGCUGUAUGAUGUGGGCUAUUUGGAUAUAGUGAACAUUGACAUCAGUGAGGUGGUCAUCAAGCAAAUGAAGGAACGCAAUGCCAGCCGACGGCCCCAGAUGAGCUUCUUGAAGAUGGACAUGACACAGAUGGAGUUUCCUGAUGCUUCGUUCCAGGUGGUGUUGGACAAGGGCACCCUGGACGCUGUCCUGACAGACGAGGAGGAGAAGACCCUGCACCAAGUGGACAGGAUGCUGGCUGAGGUUGGCCGUGUCCUGCAGGUGGGCGGUCGCUACCUCUGCAUCUCCCUGCAGUUUGGCGCCAGCUACAUUUCCAUGUUAUCAUGAUCCUAUAUUUUCAAGGAGCCUGGCCCGCAUGCGUCUGCCGCCUCUUCCCGAUUCCAUUCCUGGGGACCAGCCCAGCCUGGAGCAGGAGCAGAUGUGAGACAAGAUUUGUAACUCUAGGCAUCUAGAACAGAAGGGCCAGUUCUGACCCAAAGGCCAGCUCGGCCACUACAGUGUCAUCAUGUUUGAUGUCGACAGCAAGACCCAACACUAGGAAUGAGUUGCCCACCACCAGCUUUUGUGGACCAGCCUUUCCUGCAAAAGGUCAAAAGC